UCGCUGCCACUGGACGUGGUGUUCUUGAGGGCCAAAAGAGGGUUAAAACAGCAACAGUAAGAAUUUAAACUGUGGCUCAGCAGCUGAUAAAACACUUGUUGGAUUUAGUUAAUUUAGGUGUUUUUGUUGUGUGUGCAUUAGAAACCUGCUCAACAACACUUUUAUUAAAUAGGACGAAAACUUUUUCGAAUGGCAAUCUUUUAGCAGUGGACUCUGAUGAGUCAUCUUUCGGGUUUUGGGUCGAUAAGGCUUUAGAUACUGGGCACAGUUUCUCUUUUUAGUUAUUUAAGGUUUACCCUGAGAGUUUAGUGGUUUAGUAAGUUCUGGAGGCACAGUGGCACGUUGUGUGCUUUUUAUCCCUCUAACAAUGAAGCAGGAGGACAAUGGUGGAGGCGGCCUGACUUCCCCCAUCAUGGAGGAGGGACACAGACCUCCACGUGGCAGAGCCUGGUUGGCCCUGCUCGUCGGCCUCGGAGGCGAUGGCCAGCAGGAUGGCCUUUGGAGAGUUCUCGAAAAGUGCAGCUCUGUUCUGAGUUUGGCCCUUCUUGACCCAGUGGCCGUAGAUCUUGAAAGCGCAGGCGUCUAUGAGCUUGCGGAUGGGCUUGACCGCGUACGGGUCGCUGCCGAUCACCUCUUUGGUGACGGGCUUGGCACGCCGACCUUCUUGAGGAUGUCGAUCUCCUUCACCGUGGCUUGCCGUAUCUCCUCGAUCUCCUCCGGACUCAUCUUGUCGGAGGGGUGCCUGGUAUCACGGAGGAUAUCCAUCACUCAGCUGACCCCGAUCCUGUCCGACCACUAA